AGCAGAAAUUGAAUAUGUUUUCUGGUUUUAAAUAUGUUAACUUGUAACUUCUAGCAGAAAUUGAUAUCAAUACACAGAUUCAUAGUGUAACACCAGUAAUAUUGCGCAUCAAACAAGACUAUUACAUACAUGUGAUGACUGUUACAUGGAGUUGCCACAAUCACUGGAUGUAUUUGGUAAUCCUUACCGUAGAGAAAGAUAGCCUGUUGUUUAGAGAUCCACGUCUACAAACCCCUAUUUACAAUACUCGUCCCCUGUCCAAGCACUGUGUAUUAUAUAAAACUCGCACUCACCUAACAUAUGUGAACAAAGUGGCAACAAGAAAACAGCGUAUUCAUUUCUCGAUAAUAACAAUAAUGGAAGAUACCAAAGGAAAGGUUGUGAGUCAUCUUCAAGCAGCGAAACAAAAAUCCGGAAAAUCAUUCACCGAAAUAGCACAAGAAACUGGUCUGACGAACGUCUAUGUUGCUCAGCUCUUUAAAAGACAAGCCCAAUUGAAGCCUGAAACUGCAUCUAAACUGCGGGCAGUGCUGCCGGAGCUACCCGAUGAAGUGGUCGAAGAGAUGAUGAAACCACCCAUGAGAAGUUACAAUCCUAGUCUCAUACAAGAACCUACUAUUUAUAGGUUGAAUGAAGCUGUGAUGCAUUUUGGGGAAAGUAUUAAGGAAAUUAUAAAUGAGGAAUUUGGGGAUGGGAUUAUGUCUGCUAUAGAUUUCUAUUGUUCUGUUGACAAAGUUAAGGGUGCUGAUGGAAAGGACCGUGUUGUUCUUACACUAGAUGGGAAGUAUUUGCCAUACACUGAACAGAAAUCUGAGAAUAUGGCCUCAAGGAGCUAAAUAGAAGCAUUUCUUGAUGGCCCUCUUGUGAGAAAUGGAUUCCCUGCAGCAAUAAGCCAAUUAGUAAUAGCUAUAUGAAUAUGAUGGCCUUUUCAUUUCUUCUGUUUGCUUUUCCCAUGCUCAGCAGGUCAAGUAUGAUAUAGUUGUAAUAUCAUUUUAAAGGAACUAUUAGUUAAACUUGUUAUGCUUAAGUUUCACUUCAUCUUAAUAUUUGAUCUUGUUGUUGGACUUAAGUCAAUAAUGAACCUCUUUAAUCAGUCUAGCUUAGCUAGCACUUGGGGGGACUGAGAAUCAUCUGUGUUAUGUUUUUAUGAAGGAAAAGAAACAUUUGGUUUCGACCUCCCUGAUGUUGAUGAGACGAGCAUUUUGUUUUUUUUACCUCCUGGAGCCUGCCAUUGAUUUGAACUUCCACUUGUAACAGAACCUAAUGAAAUUAUUUCACUGCA